CUUCGUCAUCAUCUGCUUUCUCGUUAAUCCCUGCUUUGACAACGUCAGUACCAAGUACAGCGGCUACAACUUCUUCAGGAGCCACAUCUACUACACCAGGCAUGUCAAGAUUUGGAUUUGCGAUUUUGCCAAUUUUGCUUUUUGCCUUACUUUUGUCAACGUCAAAUGCAGAUGAACAGAGAGUAAAUUACGGAGUUGUUUUUCAAGAACAAUCCGAUAUUGAUUUUGCGACAGAUUAUUGGACACAUGUUUAUGAAAUUCAAACAUAUUUAAAUGUACAACACAUGUUAAUAAACAGAUGUGCACAUCCUACGAAUUAUCAAUGUCAAUCAUAUAAUAAGAUAAUUGCGGAAGUAAAUUUUAUGAGAAUUAAUAUGAAUUCCCAAAUAAAGGAAACACAAAUAUUAAUUGAUAAAUUAAUACCAAAGCUAAACUCAACCUUAAAUGGUAAAUCAAAGCGUGCAAUAUUGGGUUUUGUAGGGACCGUCAUGGGUGGAUUGUUCGAUCUUGUAACGACUGGCAGUGUGAAUAAACUUGUAGCCCAUAUAAAUACUCUAACGACCGAAAAUAACAAAAUUGCAAAGGCAUUAACACAAUACGGGGGUAGUUUAACAUCUUUUGUUUCACAAACUGAAGAAAGACUAGAUAAUGCAAUGAAUGGUAUACAACGAAAUUACAAUUCUCUACUAUUUUUAAACAAUCAAAUUAAAAGAGAUAAACAAAACUUUGAACAACAUUUUACUUCAUAUUUUCAAAUAAUAACAGAUCAAAGUCAAGAUGUGAGUACACUCCAGAAUUAUGUUACUGAUUUGAAAAGUUCUAUUAUAAAUUUAUUAGAAGGAAAAAUAUCACCUCUAAUUCUCAUACCACAAGUAAUUCAACAAACUGUAAAUGAUAUUCAAAAUAUUUUAAAUGUUAAUUAUACAGGAUAUAAAAUUUUAACCUCAAGUCCACAUUAUUAUUAUAAUAAUGCUCAAUUUGUUGUUUUUAGGAAUAAUUCAAAGUUGUAUUUAGCUGUCCAAUUUCCACUUACAACUCAUGGAAAAACAUUUCAAACGUAUAAAAUCAAAACAUUUCCUGUUCAAGUCACAACUCAACUUUUAGAUCUACCAGAAUAUAUUUUAAUGACACAUGAUAGGAAACAUUUUACUACUCUUACCUUUGAACAAUUGAAUGCAUGUAAAGGUUUUAAUCCAAAACAUUAUUCAAAAUCAGUAUAUGGUGUAUCACAGUUGGAUAAAGGGUCACCCAGGGCAUUCUUUGCAGUCUACAGCUGUGUUUCCAAGGAUUCAAUUAUGGCUCGGAACCCAUAG